CAGCGCGGCGGCGGCGAUGGCGGCGCGGGGCCGGUGCCCCGAGUGCGGGUCGGCGUCGCUGGUGGAGGACGCGCACUACGCGCAGCAGCAGCUGGUGUGCGCCGCCUGCGGCUGCGUGCUGUCCGAGGGGCUCCUCACCACCACCUACACCGACGAGGAGCAUCUGCGGGAGGUCGCCUAUUCCCAGAGCACUGGCCAGAAGGAGCAGCUGAGCCGCUGCCUGCAGCGAGGGAUCCGGCGGGUCCAGGACCUCUGCAAGGUGCUGCAGCUGCCGGCCACGUUCGAGGAAACGGCUGUGUCCUACUUGCAGAGGGCUCUGCAGCUCCCUGCCUUCCACCUGCUCAGCCUGGAGAAGAAGGAGCUGCUGGGGGGCUGCUGCGUGUUGGUGGCGUGCCGCCAGCACCGCUGGCCCCUGACCAUGGGCACCGUGUGCUCCCUGCUCUACGCCCGGCAGGAGCUGUUUGCCAGCGUCUUCCUGAGCCUGCAGCGGGAGCUGGGGCUCUCGGUGCCCGCCCUGGGCCUGGCAGACCUGGUGACAACGCACCUGAACAGCUUCCGGCUGGUGCAGCCCACGGCCAGCGUCCCUGCACCCUUCCUGGAGGACAAGGAGCAGCUGCUGGCCCGCACCUUGGCCAUCGUGGAGCUGGCCAGCGAGGCGUGGCUGGUGACGGGCCGGCACCCCGUGCCCCUGGUCACGGCCGCGGCGUUCCUGGCCUGGCAGUCGCUGCGGCCCGGCCCGCGCCUGCGCUGCCCCUUGGCGCGGUUCUGCCGCCUGGCAGGGGUGGACCUGCCGCCCCCCGCCCACCUCCGGCUGGCGGAGCUGCUGGAGAUCCUGCUGGGAAUGGCCUCCCAGCUCUCCUGGCUGCGCACCUUCCGCCUGGACAAGAGAACCGUGGUGAAGCACAUCGGGGACCUGCUGCAGCACCGGCUCUUCCUGCUGAAACGCGCCUUCAGCCAGCAGGGCCAGCAGGGCCAGCAGGACACGGCCCCGGGCCAGGGCUCUGGGAGCCAGGGCUCCCUGGAUAAAGACUCUCUGAGCCAGGACUCCCCAGGCCAGGGCUGCCCAGGCCAAGACUCUGUGAGCCAGGGGUGCUCAGACAAGGACUCUGUGAGCCCAGACUCCCCAGAUAAGGACUCUGUGAAUAAGGACUCCCCAGGCCAGGACUCUGUGAGCCAGGAGUGCCCAGGGCAGGAUUCUGUGAGCCAGGAGUGCCCAGGGCAGGAUUCUGUGAGCCAGGAGUGCCCAGAGCAGGAUUCUGUGAGCCAGGGCUCCCUGGAUAAGGACUCUGUGAGCCAGGAGUGCCCAGGGCAGGACUCUGUGAGCCAGGGCUCCCUGGAUAAGGACUCUGUGAGCCAGGGCUCCCUGGAUAAGGACUCUGUGAAUAAGGACUCUGUGAGCCAGGACUCCCCAGGCCAGGACUCUGUGAGCCAGGGCUCCCUGGAUAAGGAUUCUGUGAGCCAGGGCUCCCUGGAUAAGGACUCUGUGAGCCAGGACUGCCCAGGCCAGGGUCCCCCCGGCUCUCCAGCGGUGGCACAGCAGCAGGGCUGUCCCUCAGCAGGGAAGCAGCAGCAGCGUGGGGGCAGCCUGAGGCCCCUGCUCCCUCCCUGCCUCCUGCGGCCCAGGAAGAGGCCGAGGCCGGCAGCUGCGAGCGCUCCGGCCGUGGCCCUGACGGGCGACGAGCCCAUCUCGGACAGCGAGAUCGAGCAGUACCUGCGCAGCCCCGAGGAGAUCCGCGCCUUCAGGAAGGCCAAGGCCUGGCCCUGAAGGGGGCCCUGGGCCCGAGGGGCGGUUUUGGGACCAGAAGUGUGAAGGCCACCAGGAACAGGGUGGUUGUGCUGCAGGGACAGUUGCUCCAGGAAUGAGUCUGGGCUGGGUCCUCCUUAAUGUGCCCAAAAUGGGCUUUUUGUGAAAUGACUGCUUCAGGUCAUGUUAUGUUUCUGUUGUAAAUAAAUAAAAGCGCACGUGCCAAGUUUUCCA